GCUACGCAUGCGCGUACGAGAAGUGCGCAUCAGCAAAAUGGAGAAGACAAGGGGAAAGGCGAGGCUGUUCAUCUGGGUCCUGGCGGCCGUCAGUUGUGUGGAGCUCUCAUCUGAGGCUGCCAGUGGUAGCGACUGGCUCAUCACCAACAUCACCACGAAGGUAACAGCAGUGGAGACGUCGGGAAAUACUCUGACGCUGUCCAAUGGCCUCAUUACUCGUCAGUUCAGUCUCUCCCCGGCCUUCGGUGCCACUGACUACCGCAGCGAGCUGGCCUCUCGCUCUCUCCUCAGAGCAGUCAACGACGAGGCGAAGCUGACGCUGGACGGUGUACAAUACGGAGUCGGCGGACUCCGAGCCAACUCGGACACGCACGCCUACCUGAACAGGUCUCUGCUCUCCUUUUCCUCCGACCCCAGCACCUUCCAGUAUGCAGGCUACAACUGCUCAGCUCCCACGGCUCCGUUUCACUGGAGCCGGGCCUUCGACACUCCCCGCUCACGUCUCCCUGGCCUCCACAGGGGCUCCGUCUCUCAGUCUUCUUCCUACCCCCGCCCUCCGCAAAACACGACCACUCUGGACUAGCCCUGACAGUCCACUACGAGAUGUACGUGGGGAUACCUCUCCUUGCGAAAUGGGUAACUCUAGACUACCAAAACACUUCCAGCAGGGGACCCAUAACAGUAGAUAGUCUCGCUGUCGAGGUUCUUGCAACACAAAAACCCUACAAUUUGCUGGACCGCAGCCAGCACCCUCUACCAGUCAGCCACAGUGACACGGGGCCCACUAGCUCCUGGCUGUACGUACAGACCGACCAACCACAUGGCUCAGACUGUAUCUGGGUGGCAGACUCACACGCUGCUGUGGAUUACGGAGCAGAUGAACAAGUCCUUGUCUGCAGCUACUCCACCAGCGGAGCGUCAUUUCAGCUGGGGAACAGUUCUGGGGACGGUAGAGUUUUGAAGAGUGUGGAUUCAUUCAGAGUGUUGGAGUUGGUGACAGACAGUGAUGACAGGGAGAGGGUGGCGCUGAGUCGACACAGAAUGACUCGUCUUCUGGCACCUGAGACUCAGGAGAACCCCAUCUUCUUUCACGGAACUGACCACACCCCACAGGCAGGCAGCUAUCUCUGUCUAAUCUCACUCUCUCUCGUUCUGUUUUGUAAUUCCUGCAGGGUUUCAAGAUUGCUGUUGAGCAGCUAGCAGCAGUUGGUUUUGAGAUGUACAUCUACAGUUUUGGGUCAGGAUUCACUCUGGAGAACACAGAUCCAGUCUACAUUCAGAGUAUAGCCCAGCAGGUCUCUCUGGCUCACCAGUACAACAUCGAGGUCGGGGGAUAUGACCUCAUUGAUCUGGACAGAGGUGGGCUGGGUCCGGACUGGGACUGUAUUGACACCCAGGGGAGAGUCACUGGAGAUGGCUGCUUCGCCUCCGGAUGGUACGACCACAUUCAUGACAUCAUCUUCAACUUUAUUAACAAGACAGGUAUGUCUAUGUUGGAGACUGACGGACCUUAUGGCGGACAGACUUGCUCCGCCCACAACCACACCCACCACUCUAGCUACGAUGACUCCGUCUUCCAACAGAACAGACUGCAGAUAGAGCUGUACCACCAGUUGAAGCAGAUGAACAUCUUUGUUAACCAACCGGACGGCUAUUUCUUCCAGGGAGGGAACAAGGUGGGGAUGGGGUACAACGAGGACCAGUACAACUUGCCCCGUUGGCAGGACUUGUCCGUCAGUCGGCAAGGAAUGUACGACGACACCUACUACCACCUCCCCACACAGGGCUGGAUGCAGGUCCCUCUCAUCCAGUACCACGGAGGUGGCGAGGCAGCAGAGUUUGACCCCAUGUCUCGCUACCUCCUGGAGUAUGAGUGGGCACUGGCACAAUACCUCUCUUACGGUGUGGCUGCAUGCUACAGAGGUCCUCGUCUCUAUGACAACGUCCAAACAAUGGGCGUGGCUGGGAAAUGGGUGGACUUUUAUAAGAAAUACCGUGGCAUUGUAACCAGCGACAUCGUGCACGUCCGAAGACCAGAUAUGCAAGAUUUUGAUUGCAUUCUUCACGUUAACCCCUUCAUCACCAACCGAGGGCUAGCUGUAGUUUUCAACCCCACGUCCACCAGCCUCAAUUUCACUCUCUCCCUCCCUCUCUAUUACACUGGAAUAUCUAACAAGGCAAUUGUAACCCACGAAGGAGGGAAUCCGGUCACCUUUGACCUUGAUCGGGAGUAUAAUAUUGCGGUUGCCAUGGCGAUGGAGCCGAAAACAAUAACGUGGUACCUCAUUCACAGCGGAGACUAAAAACACUUUCGCAUAAUUAUAGAUGAUGUCAUAUUUUGUGUGAUGACUGUAACAAUUAAUAUGAUCGUUCAGUAUACACUCACAUGACUGCAGUGAUCUGAUUGGUCAGUUGUGGU